AUGUUGGAUUACGCCUCCGAAAACAUCGACGACAUGGACAACAAUGCCGGAGACGAACAAGGCCAAGACCUGCCGUUUACCGGACGUUGGACGGCCACCUCCACACAUGGCAUGUAUAUGGUGGACACACCCAAAGAGGAUGACGACGACGACAGGAAGGAUCGGGUUGAGGACAAGCCUGCUGAAGCACCUCCAAAGCGUCGAUCUAAAAAAGCAAUUAUAAUCGUCGGCCCAACCAGAUCUUCCCCAAAUCGAACCCUAGUCCACAAUCCACAUAGCCUCCUGCUCCUCCGCCGCCCCCCUUCUCCUCUGCUGCCUCCGUCCGCCGACCUAGGUGACCCCAUCGCUGUCGAUGGCGCCCGAUGCGGCGAGGUCGACGCCGCCUCCCUCUCCCGCUCCAGACCCCACGGAGGGAAGGGAGCCUCCUUCAUCGUGCUGCGAGCGUGGCGACGACAAGCACUAGAGGGAGCCGUGCUUUUUGCCUCCUCUGCCGUCUCAGGGUCGUCGUGCCACCACCAGGCUGCGGCGCUCCUACUCUCCGCCGCCCUCUACGCUGACGAGCAAGGCCGGGAUCCCCAUCACGGCAUCCUCCACUCCGAUGGCAGGAGCGGUGCUCCUCACUGUGCUGGUACACCAUGCUGCUCAGAUCCGUCACGGUGGACUCGAUACAGCCUUCCUCCAGAUGUUUUUGGUUUCUUACGAUUUUGUUGGCUGCUCAGAUGGGACGAGGCUGUUAGACUUUUUGGGCAAGAAGGAAGUAGAAUGAGGCGCACUCUUAGGAAUCCUCUGUCCUAAGAAAGAACAUGGAAAGCGCACUCUUGGGAAAAAGAAGGAAACUACAAUCUAGCAAAUGAAUAAAGAAACAGAAGCUUGCUCACAAAAUUUCGCAUAAGUGGUUGGCAUCAUCACUAGAAGAUCUUCACAGUAACAACACAAUCAUGUGAGGGGAGGUUAGUCUGAUCUUCAGAGCAUUGCAAGUUUGGUGACUCUUCUGCUGGAGACAUGUGGCCCUCUUCGAGUAAUGCAGAUUCACAGGAUUGUGCUGAGUCUGGUAUUCAAAAGACAUCCCAUGAAUAUGGUAAUGUACUAAUGUCAUCCAACAAACGGCUGAGCAGAAAAUGUGAUAAUGCCAUUGUCUUAUUGGACAUGGUUGUAUUUAUGAGUCAAGCUCAAACAGUUGGUGUAACUUAGUUGUAAAUUAUGUUUAUUGAUGUGGUUGGAUGCUACUGAACAAAUGUAUGUAUGUUGAAAUGUUGAAAUUUUAGUAUGAAAGUGUUUGAGGUCUGCUAUUGAA